AUGCUGAGGGGACGUCCUGCUCUUCGGUCCUUCGCGAGGUCAUAUAUUGUUCCAUCAUUUGAGCAUUUGUCAAAAGAUAAAGGUCUGCCGGGUCUUUUUUCUGAGAAAGGUCUCAAUACAGCAUGGUUCGACAGAGCUGAAUACUAUACGGAAAAGCUUAAUAAGUUGACUGGUCAAACCCAUGAAAAGCCCCUAGAGAACAUUAUUCUUGAAAGUGCGAAAUCUGCUUCAAAGAGGGAUAUUUUCAAUUAUGCAUCUCUGCUUCACAACCUGAAAUUCAGUUUUUCCACUCUACAUGGGAAUGCAAGCCCUCUACUCGAAAAGCCUGAUGCCCAAAGUCUAUUGAACACACCAGACUUGAGUUUAAAGUUUCAAAACGAGCCAUCUGAAGUUGGAAACGCAGAUUUGCGAGCAGCUUUGAUAAACUCGUUCGGUUCAAUUGUCGAAUUCAGAACUCUACUUCUCAACUCUAAUUUGGCCAUCAGCGGUGAUGGAUUUACAUGGUUGGUGGCCAGACAACAUUCCUCUUCGCAUGCAGGCGGAGUGUCCGGUGCCAUUGAGUUCGAUAAGCUUUUCAUUUUGAACACAUACAAUGUGGGGUCUCCACACAAUUUCAACAGAGUUGGCCAUGUUCAUGAUCUCGCAAAACAGCUUGCCAAAAAAGAACCCAUCCCGGAAGAGGACACAGACGCGCCUCCAUUCCAGAUCAAGAGCAUCGAGGAGGCGAAGCAGACGGAGGCAUAUAAGAACAUAGUUUACGUUCCGCUUCUUGCCAUUGAUGCUUCACCAAAAGCAUGGCUUCACGACUAUGGUGUCUUUGGCAAACAGCAAUAUCUGGAUAGGGUUUGGGAAAGCACCGAAUGGUCACAAGUGGAAAAAAGACUGCCCUCCAAGGCGCCCAGCCAUGAGCUGACGUUAUGA